CGUACAUACGUGCUGAUAUUUUUAUUGCGUUUUGGGCAUUCCCCUCUUAAUUGCUAUUUACACGUAAAAGAACACCACAAACAUUUACUUAUUUGUUCAACAUUAUUGAAUCACACCAAAUCAACUGUGUACUUAUAUUGUUACUUAUUUUCAUUUUUAAUAGUACAAAAGCUAUUAAUAAUAACACCCUUCCACUCAACUAACAUAUAAACAACUUAAUAUUCAACUCGAAGUGUAUUUUAAUGCUGAGAAAAAAUGCUUCAUCUAAUCAGUUGGAUGUUAUUUUCAACUACUAUGAUUGCCGGAAUACUGCAAUGGUACUACAGGGUUGGGAGAAAGUAAGAAUCGACGAAUACUACGAAAGUCGAUGCAAAGAUUGUAAAAAGUUUUACACGAGACAAUUAGCAAACGUUGUGAAGCAGCUAAACGAUUACAUAGAACUACGCACUUAUCCUUACGGUAAUACUAAGAUGACACAGAACGACGAAAACGUCACAUUCCAAUGUGAGCACGGUAGGGCCGAAUGUUAUGGCAAUGGACUUCAUGCCUGUGCUAUUUACUAUUUGCCUGAUAAGUCGUUUUAUGUACCUUACAAUUCUUGCUUGAUGGCGUGGGAUUCUACAGACCAAGCAGCUGAUCAGUGUAGUAAUAAUGAAGUCAUCUCCAGUGUAAUAAAAACAUGCGCUAAGGGAUACCACGCUGUCGAACUCCUGAAAUAUUAUGCAAAAGAAACUGCGAAACUUACUGAUAAAAAGUUGAUGCCUUAUACUAUCGUGAAUGGCAAGGUAUUACAACCACAGGAUCGCCUGAUGGACAAAGUAUGCGCUGCGUUCAAGAACCCACCACAAGCGUGUAUAAGAACAAAAAUUGAUAUCUAAAUAUUAUAGAAAACAUUUUUUUUUUUUAUUAACACCUUCAU